AUGGCCUAUUCAAAUCACGCCUCUGACGAUACCUUCUUCGUCGAGUCCGAUGACCAGCCAUGCCAUCGCAUGAACAUUCGCGAUGCUGCCAAGAUGCUUGCACGCAACAAGCAAGAGAUGAUCGCCAACGAGCUCUCUAGACUCGCUGGUGAUGAGUAUCUCGAGGACAUCAUGCAACACAUGCGUCACAUGGAGGACGAGACAUUACCAGACGCCAACCUCAUUGAUAUGCAGCGUGAGAUCCAAUGGUUUAUGCGACCGUACCUCAUCGACUUCCUGAUUGAGGCCCAUGCCGCUUUUUCUCUGCUCCCCGAAACGCUGUUCCUGACUGUGAAUCUCCUGGACCGGUACUGUUCGAAGCGUGUGGUGUAUAAGCAACACUACCAGCUGGUCGGCUGUGCUGCGCUUCUCAUUGCUUCAAAGUAUGGAGACAAGAAGGACCGAGUGCCACAGAUCAACGAACUCAACAACAUGUGCUGCGGCCUCUACGAUGCAGGCAUGUUCACGCAAAUGGAGAUGCACGUUCUCAACACUCUCGACUGGAACAUCGGCCACCCAACGGUCGACUUUUUCGCGCAAUUACUCAUCGCCGAGGAACGGGACAGCAGAGAAGUUGAGCAUAUGGCGGCAUACAUCUGCGAGAUCGCCCUCUACCACCGAGACUUUGUUUCUACGAAGCCAUCGAUCAUGGCGAGAUCCUCAUUGGCACUGGCGAGGGCGAUUCUUGGCAAGCCCGACGUGAACGACGGAGAGUGGGACCACGUGGAGAACGUGACUCUGUUGACUUUGUCUCAACACCUCCACCAGCCAUCGGUGACACUGUCGAGAAAGUAUUCCAGCCAGUACUACUCGAGGGUAUCGGGGAAGCUUGCCGAUUUCCUGGCGCAACAGGCUGCCAUCGCCCGACGAGGGGCCCCUCCUUCUCCGCCCUGCGAACCGGCCCUCGCCAGCAAGCCGGCCAAUGUAUACAGCACUCCUCACAAGGGCCUCGGUGCCGUCCCCGGCGUGGCCGACGGGUAUAUGACCCCACCCAUCACGCCCGACGGCCCUUGCUUUGUACAAAACAGUGGGAUGGUCAAGGACUUCCAAAUACCUCCGCGGUGCCCUCUCACCCCAACCCCACAACCAAACCACCACAUGCCGACAUAUCCCCAGCAGCAUACAGCGCAACCAUCAUACUUUGAGGGUAGCUCAAUACAUAUGCGGUAUUGA